AUGGAUGUCAACCGGCCACCCAUCCGCGCGGCGGGUCUUUGGUUCAGCGACUGUGGGCUGGUUUUACAGGCUGAGCACACUUUGUUUCGUAUCUCUCGCGACUUCAUGGCGACCCAUUCACCGAUAUUCCGGGACAUGCUGGCGCUCCCGACGCCGCCCGAUGCGGACAUGUAUGACGGAUGCCCGCUCGUUUGCCUUCCGGACUCAGCUGAAGAUAUGACCCAUUUUCUAAAGGCACUGCUGUACUACGAUUACCUAGCGCCUGAGGUCCAAAACAAUCCUGUUGACACCCUACUCUCUGUCCUGAAGAUGUCCCACAAGUACGAGGUCUCCUCUCUACGUAAACGGAUCCUCAGCCAGAUGUCGCUGCUCUUUCCGAGCACCCUCGCCGCGGCCAGUCUAAGCCAGAGCGAGAAGUGCGCGUUCAUCAACGACAGGAACGAGGACUUCAGUGUCGACGUCGUCCUUGCUGCGCGCCAGGUCUCCAUGGAUUGGAUCCUCCCGUUCGUCUUCUACCAGAUGUGCCGCCUCAGCGACGAGUCGUGCAUCCUGGACUCGCCGCUCUCGAUGGCGGACAAGAAGCGCUGGAUCGUCGGCUGCCGCCGGUUGGAGACCGCCGAGAUGACCCGCAUGCUACAGUUUCUAUGGGACCCCAUACCGAUCGCGUCGUGCACGCGCGAUAAUGGCCUAUGCGACGGUGUGCGCGUGCGCCUCCGCCAGUUCGCCGAAAGCCGCAGGCACUACAACACCGAGGCGGCGAUGCGGCUGCCGCUGGAAAUCGUGGAGCCCGCCUACUGGACCUCGCUGCGCAAAUCUGUCUGUGUGGCCUGUUUGACCGAGAUGGAGACGCUGUAUGCAGCCGCCCGCACGGACUUCUGGGCGCGGCUACCCCAGAUCUUCGACCUGCCGGGCUGGGAGGAGCUGGAGAAGAUCCGGCAGGAUGCCUUCGCUCCAGAUGUGCAAUGGGAUUAG